CAAUCCUGUAGCUGCAGAACUCACGGUGUAACACUCUAUAACCCUGAAGGAAACUGUUCACAAGUGGUGAAAUUCAUCCUGCUGCUGCAUAAGGCCCUGCAUACCAAAAUGAUGAAGUCCUCUGUACAUACAGAAGAGGAUGACUUUGUUCCAGAGCUUCAGAGAAGCAUUCAUCCCCGAGAGAGGCCGGAUUGGGAAGAGACUCUCAGUGCUAUGGCGAGAGGUGCAGAUAUCCCUGAGAUUCCAGGGGAGCUGCCUCUUCGGACGUGCGGCAGCACAGCGAGCAUGAAAGUGAAGAAUGUGAAAAAAUCCAUCAACCCGGAACUGAUGGGCUGUGAUGCCUUUCACAGGUUAUCCUUUACCAAGGGCCACUUCCCGAAGAUGGCAGAGUGUGCACAUUUCCAUUAUGAGAAUGUGGACUUUGGCAACAUACAGCUUUCACUCCCGGAGGAACAGAAUGAAGUAACAAGGAACGGCUGUGAAUCCAAGGAACUGGUCUACCUUGUGCAAAUCUCUUGUCAGGGCAAGAGCUGGAUUGUGAAACGGAGUUAUGAAGAUUUCAGAGUCCUCGAUAAACAUCUCCACCUGUGUAUCUAUGAUCGGCGUUUCUCUCAGCUCUCAGAGCUACCCCGCUCCGAUGCCCUGAAGGACAGUCCAGAGCUUGUCACCCAGAUGCUGAUGGCUUACCUGUCCCGGCUCUCAGCCAUCGCAGGCAACAAGAUCAACUGUGGGCCUGCCCUCACAUGGAUGGAGAUUGAUAACAAGGGGAAUCACCUGCUAGUCCACGAAGAAUCAUCCAUUAACGUGCCUGCCAUUGCGGCUGCCCACGUUAUUAAGAGAUACAUUGCUCAGGCAGCAGAUGAACUGUCCUUUGAGGUGGGAGACAUUGUGUCCGUUAUUGACAUGCCGCCAAAGGAGCUGACCACAUGGUGGAGGGGCAAACAUGGAUUUCAGGUGGGAUUCUUUCCGAGCGAGUGUGUUGAGUUAAUUAACGACAAAGUUCCUCAAUCUAUGACCAACUCUGUGCCAAAACCAGUGUCAAAAAAACACGGCAAGCUCAUCACUUUCCUACGAACAUUCAUGAAGUCGCGCCCAACGAAACAGAAACUGAAGCAACGCGGGAUCCUGAAAGAGAGGGUGUUCGGCUGCGACCUGGGAGAGCAUCUCCUCAACUCCGGCCAUGAUGUCCCCCAGGUCCUCAAGAGCUGCACCGAAUUCAUUGAGAAACACGGCAUUGUGGAUGGAAUAUACCGCCUGUCAGGAAUUGCGUCAAAUAUCCAGAAGCUACGCCACGAGUUUGACUCGGAGCAGAUCCCCGACUUGACUAAAGAUGUUUACAUUCAAGAUAUCCACUGUGUGGGCUCCCUCUGUAAGCUCUACUUCCGCGAGCUCCCCAACCCCCUGCUCACAUAUCAGCUGUACGAGAAGUUCUCAGAUGCUGUGUCUGCUGCUACAGAUGAAGAGCGAUUGGUUAAAAUUCAUGAUGUCAUCCAGCAACUACCCCCACCGCACUACAGGACACUGGAGUUCCUAAUGAGGCACUUGGCUCAUCUAGCAGAUUACUGCUCCAUCACAAACAUGCAUACCAAGAACUUAGCAAUUGUCUGGGCGCCAAACCUACUAAGAUCCAAACAGAUAGAGUCUGCCUGUUUCAGUGGAACAGCUGCCUUCAUGGAGGUCCGAAUCCAGUCCGUGGUGGUGGAAUUUAUCCUGAAUCACGUUGAUGUCCUCUUCAGCUCCAAACUCAGCUCAGUCAUACGAGACGGGGCAGGUCACACUUCCUUAUCACGCCCCAAAUCACUGCUCGUGUCCUCGCCCUCAACUAAGCUGCUCACCCUGGAGGAGGCACAAGCAAGGACACAAGCCCAGAUCAACUCCCCUAUAGUGGCAGACAGUAAAUACAUUGAAGUGGGAGAAGGCCCUGCUGCAUUACAGGGGAAAUUCCACACCGUCAUAGACUUUCCAUCUGAAAGAAAAAGACCGCCCAACAAGAUGAAGAAAUCCCCUGUUGGCAGUUGGCGCUCCUUCUUCAACCUGGGAAAAUCCUCUUCUGUCUCCAAGCGGAAACUGCAGCGCAAUCCAAGUGAGCCCUCUGAAAUGAAAGCCAUAGCGCUGGCAGGUGGGAGAGGAGAUAGUGGGACCCUGCGCUCAGCUAAAAGUGAAGAGUCUCUCACUUCCCUGCAUGCUGUUGAUGGUGAAUCUAAACUGUUCCGGCCUAGAAGACCCAGGUCCAGUAGCGAUGCACUGUCUGCUUCCUUCAAUGGGGAGCUCCUGGGGACCAUGAACCGCUGCAAUUCUUAUGAUAACCUGCCCCAUGACAAUGAGAGCGAUGGGGACGAGGGGCUGAUUCAUGUUCCUGCCCUCAUCUCUCCUAGGUCAGCAGAAGAUGUUGACCUGAGCCCACCGGAUAUUGGAGUAGCUAGCCUGGAUUUUGACCCUAUGUCUUUUCAGUGCAGUCCACCCAAGGCAGAGUCCGAGUGCCUGGCUAGCAGCAUCUCUCUGUUGGAGUCUAUGGGUUUUAACAGGGACAAGCCAAGCGUAGCUAAGAAGGAUUUGGAGUCUGGUAGCCAGAGUCAGACCCCUGGCAGUGCCACAAGCUCUGAACCAGUGUCCCCCUUCCAAGAGAAAAUGAGUCCCUUCUUUACUCUGGACCUGAGCCCAACUGAGGAGAAAGAAUCCAAAACCCACUCCUUCUCACCUAAGACGGGCCGAAAGCCAAUCAAGUCUCCGCUGGUGACUAUAUCAGAGCCAGUCUCUUUGACGCUGCCCAGACAAGCAUGCGAAGGGAUGCCUAGUGCUGCGGGGAAUGCGGCUUCUCCAAACUGGAGCAAAAGCGUCAACGAAGCCACAAACAGGUCCCCAACCCAGAGGAUGUCUUUGCCCCUGAAAGCCAGCGAGAUGGCAGCAGGUGAGGGAUGCCACCAAGAGGCCCAGACCCAGGUGACUGCUGCCAAGCCAGAGUUGCAAGAAGAAGGGGAGCAACCCAUGCCAAGCAGCCAGAAUAAGACUGUACCUUCUGGACACACUCAGCCAGGAGCAGUUGCCCUCGACUCCCCCCAGGAUCCUGUUCCUGUCAGUUCUGUGUCUCUUAUCCCUCCUCCUCCUCCGAAAAACGCAGCACGCAUGCUGGCCUUAGCAUUAGCUGAGUCCGCACAGCAAGCAUCUACUCAGUCCCAGAAGAAGCCAGGAGAUGCUCAUUCUGACUGUACAAAUUACAGAGAGACUGACAUUGGUAUAGCUAUAGAAAAGGUCCACCUCUCUGCUGGGGCUGCUCCAGACAAGCUCCAUCUGUAUACGGAUGUUCCUGAGAACCAAAUCCACUUCCAGAGUGGGGCACCUGGGGAUCAACUCCAGAGUGGGGCACCUGUAGACCAGGACCUCACUAGGACACCUGGGGACCGCAGUCAUCUACACCGUAGUACACCUGGAAACAGGGACCAGCCCCAUCUGCAUACUGGCAUGCCUGGGGACCUGCAUAGUGGCACAAAGGUGGACUGGAACCACUCCAACUUCCAUACUGGAACAGUGGGGGACGAGGACCACUUCCCCUCCCAUUCAGGUGGCCCUGGGGAUUGGGAGCACACCCCUCUCCUUACAGGUGCUUUGCUUAGCCGGGAACCAUCCACAACAGAUGUGCCUAUAGACAAGCCACACCUCCAUACUUGCAUAUCUAUGGAUAAGUAUCACAUCCCUGUGGAGAAGCUUCAUGUCCCUGCCAGCACAGCUGAUGACAAACUCCAGCCUCCUCCUGUAGCUGCCAGGGAGAAAACCGCCAUGGCUACAAUGACAUACAUGACAACUACCCAGACACCAGCAACUGAGAUGAGUCAUGGAACAGCAGGUCAGCACACGGCCUCUGAACCCACCGCUCAGGCAGAUGUUAUUGUCACGGCUGCUCAGCGCAUUCUUAUGACCAAUUCCCUAGCACCAUCUCAGAGACAAGCAGACCAUCAGCCAGCCAUGGGACAGGUUCCAGCCGUAGCCACCAAAGGAUCAAGUAGUUCCAACCAGGUACGAGGAGCACCGCCUCCAGAGAAGCCGCCUGAGCCUCGACUAGCGGAGCCUGCUCCAGUUUUUGUCACUGAAAGUAGCUCCGCUAUCCGAUGUACCUCGUCCACCUCUGCGUCCCACCAGGGCCAUUUGGAAAAGUCCCGAGAGAACGUCAGGGCUCCCUCUUUGCACCUGCGUUCGGAAUCGGUCCCCACACACUCCUCCUAUGGCUUUGCGCCCCCCAUCCCGCCCGUGAGAACGCUGGAGAGUAAGAUAGCUGCAGCCAUGCACUCCAACAGUAUGGAUGCAGUGAAUACCUCCACUUACCAUUCCUUCCUGGCUUCCUCCAUUCUGCCAUCAUCUGUGGAGGAGGCUUUGCCCCCACCGCCACCGCCCAAGCACGCCUCUCUGCAGUCUGCAUAUCUGCCCCAUCCCAAGCCAGAGAGCAUCCCUGAGCCGCCCAUGUCAGAGAACUAUCUGCACCACAAGCCAGCGUCCGUCCAUCAGUACAGGCCAGAGAGCGUCCCGCCGCAUCUCUCCUACCACGGCAAAUCCGACCAGCACCAAGCUUAUGCCUCCAGGUCGGAAACGCCCACUUCCAUGGGCCCCCGCUACACCGCCUAUGCCAGCCAAGGGAAGAACACGUCAGCCCAUCAUUCCAAGCCUCGCAACCGCGUGGAGUACGCGUCCUCCAUGAGCCCUACCACCCUGCGGAGCACAGGGUAUGCGGAGGAGCCUCCGCCCUACCCCACCAUCCGCCGGGUGCAGUCACUGCACGUUUCCACCCCUUCCACCAUCCGCUCCGUCCCCAUUUCGCGGACAGAGGUGCCUCCCGAUGACGAGCCCGUGUACUGCCCGCGGCCCCUUUAUCAGUAUAAGCCAUGCCAGCCCCACUCAGAUUAUCACGUCACUCAGCUGCAGCCUUACUUCGAGAAUGGGCGCGUGCAUUACAGGUAUAGCCCUUAUUCCAGCUCAUCUGGCUCCUCUUAUUACCCCACAGCAGCAGACGGGGGGUUUUAUGACCUGGACCCCUACAGCACGAUGCGGCUUAAGCAUUUCCACCCCCUUCCUAGCCGAGACUUUGCAUCUUACACCUCCAGGCUGCAAAAUAAGAAUCUGUACCGCUAUCCCGGCCUGCCUGCCUAUCCUCGGGGAGGCCUGAUGAGCCACCUGGCGGGAAAAGAGCACAGCUUUAUCAGCAGAGAUGUGCCCCCAGCCCCGGACAUCAAGCACACAUACAUGUCAUGGGACCUGGAGGACAUGGAGAAAUACCGCCUGCAGUCCAUCCGCCGGGAGAGCCGCUCACGCCAGAAAGUGAAAGGGCCCGUGAUGUCCCAGUACGACAACGUGAGUCCUCUGCUGCAGGAGGAGCUGGGGGGGCUGGACAUCAUCCACCUCCGCAGCAAAUCGGAUCCUGGGAAAACUGGUCUCCUGACUGUAGCCGAAGGGAAAGAAGGGAGGUAUCCAACCAAGGCAGCCACCCCCGAAGGGGACGAGCGUUACUAUCUGCAGCGCUCCGAGCCGGAGCCGGACAGGACCCAUUACCAUGGGGCCUAUGGGAACGGGCAGUCAGAGAAGCCUUCCCUCCCCCAGAAGCAGAGCAGCAUCAGGAGUCGAAAGCUGCAUGAGCCGGGCUGCAACGCUACAGAGCACAGGGGACACCUGCAGCAGGAAGCAAGCCAUCGGCAGCCUUCGGAAUCCAAAAAUGGGCCCCCUUACCCAGACUACAGGCCCAAGGGUGGCCAGGAACCCAUGGAGCCCGUUGGUUUCCAGCACUCGGGUGGGAAGUACGUCACAGCCGGACAGGAGGCCCUGCGACCUAACCACAAGGAGGUGAAGCUGGCAGAGGACCGGCCGGACUUGGAAAGGCCUCGAGCCAGGCAAAUAGCCCCUGCCGAGAAACACACCAGAGACUGCUAUAAUAAAGAGGAGGAGCACCACGUCCAACCCAUGGCGCCGCCUCCCAAGCCAGAACGGAGCCACAGCCUCAGACUCCGGCAUCCGGAGAGCAUGGACAGGGACCCCGGCCUCCUGUACCCAUACCAAACCCUUGGCAAACGCCAAAGCAGUCUGACAGUGGUGUCCCAGUACGAUAAUUUGGAGGAUUACCAUACCAUGCCUCAGCACCAAAGAGGGGGCUACCUUGGAGGAGGGGCGUUCAUGCCCCCUGGCUUUCCCCAUUCACACAGUAGGACAUAUGCCACAGCAUUAGGCCAAGGGGCCUUCCUCCCUUCAGAGCUGUGUUUGCAGAGGCCGGAAACAGAGAUCCAUGCCGAGUGAGCUGGGGGAAGGAGGGAUAGAGCCUAAUCAGCCUCUGCUGGACAGUGGACUGUUUUAUUUUUUCAAUGACAAAAUUUAAAACAAAAAAAAACAAACAAAAAAACCCCACCCCCAUGAGCAAAGCAAACCCACUCUCAACCCUGCCACCAGCUCACCACUCAAUGUUUGUCCUAGGUGUAUAGUUUUCUUUCAUGUCGUUUGAGAGGUUGGAAUGAGCACGCAGGCUGUGUUGGCAUGUGGAAAGAUGAGCCAGGACCCAGAGCAGAUCUGAAAGAGGCAUGGUGGGGAGGGGAAGGGAAAAGGGGGUUUCCUUCCCCUGAUUUGACAUAGGUUGGUGGUUGCAUGCAGCUCUUCUCUUGGUGUCUCCCAAGCAUAUCCAGUCACUCCCAACAUCAGAGGAGUUGCAUGGAUAGGUUUUACCCUUUGAAUGAGAUGCUGUGGGGAAAUCUCUGUCCUGACCCUUUCAGAUUGAAUCAGUAGCACACUGCAAGCUGGGGGGAAAGGACAGCUUCAAAGUGUUUGUUUCCUCCUAGAUCAUUGGUGCUCUGCAUCCCCUUGAAAAUUGUGGAGGGGUAACUGGGCCUAAUCCAGUUCCCACUGAAGUAGGAGUGGGAGUGAGAUUGGCCCCAAGCCAGGUCACAGAGCUGUUACAGAACAGAGUCUGGUUUUUAAAGGCUCAUUGAACAAGCAGCUUCUAGCUAGAGAAGGGAUAUUUACUGAAACUCCACCAUUCACCCUCAUUCUGAUACUAUAAAUGGAGACGAGUUUUGAAAGCAAAGCGAGCCAGGGCAGCACUUCUACCUUUGAAAGUAAAAAACCCACCCUCCCCCCUGCCACGCACACUCUUGGGCACAGGUGAUUGAGCAGCAUACAUAUUUCAUGCUAAUUCCUCUUUACUUACAGGCUACCCACAGAACCAGCUAUUUAAUUGCACGUCCUAGCUGGCCUGACACUACCAUCUAUUUACAAUGUCACUAGAUGAUUGUGUCCAGCUUAUAAACUAGAGCACAGGUUCCCUGCUGGGAGCAACUUGCAUAAUCACCAACUUAGCUGCAUGACCAUGGAGUUGCUCUGGGCUAAAUAACUCAGUCCUUACUUCAGGAAAACUCCUGUUGACUUUCAUAUUCAGCCUACAGGAUGAGGCCCUCUUUUUAGUACUGCCUCACCCACAGUGAGUUGCUGUAAGUACAGAGCAGUUACGUGUUGUGGGCGCUAUGAAAUAGCAUUGCCUCCCUUAUUGCAAGUGUCGUUCACACCAGGAUUCAGGCAUUGGGGCAGGGUGAAGGGAUGGGACAAUGCACCUCUUUAUAACACACUCCUGGUGUUGCCCUGCCUAUUUAAAAUGCUUUCCCUACUUCAUAGAAACAAGACAGCGUUUCAUCUGCAGCCUCUCUGGAUUCACAGCCAUUUUAACCCCACCUUAAAGCACAUACAUUUUAUGAGACAGGGCUUCCUAGAAAAUACUUGUCAUUUAGCAUUUAAAAUAUUCAGAAUUCACCCAUGCUACGGGGACCUUUCCUGUACUGUUGGAUCACACAACUUCUCUACCUGUUUUGAAAUUCAGAGGGUUUAUUUAAAGAAAGCAUCUGAGAAGUUCUCUUAGCUGAAAGUCCUGGAGCUAGUAUAGCUAAGAUUAUUAAAGUAACUUAUGUCAGAGCCUCCUAGAACAAGUGUUUUAUUCAUUGCUAUUUUUGGCUUUUAAAGUAAUAAUAAAAACCUGUCAGUGCUCACAAGGGAACAACACACUUCUAAUAGGUACCUAGUCAUUAGCAGUUUGGUUCUUUUAAUCUCAUAGCCUUUUCUGGGUCUGUUUUAACUAGGAUAGCCUAUGGUCUGAUUUUAUUGUGCAAUGUAUUGUUUUAAGAAGAAUGUUUAAUAUAGAGAGUUUUUCCUAAAUGUUAUGGAAAUAAAUUUAGCAGUCAGGAAAAAAGCACUGUGAUCUAGGUUACCUCAAUAUCAUUCACCUUGUGACUAACUAGAGGGUGUUUUUCUUUUUUGGGGGGAGGGGGGGGUAUGUGAAAGGAUAAAGCAUGAAAGGGCUGUUAGCUGAAAACACAGAGCCACUUAGUGGACCAGCCAUUCUCUCUGGGCUACUAGCCAAUUCUGCUAGUAAAUCUGGCUUUCCUGAUACAAUCUGUCCAGGGGUGUCUAGCUGCAGUACUCAGUCAAGUCCCAAUACUAGUUUCUAAACAUAACUUAGCACUUCAUCUCCCCUCUGCUGCUCCAGAGUGUCAGCCUCCCUUGUUCUGGAUUUGGGGCAGGAACAAACUCAUUGGUUCAGGCUAUUCAAGAUUGAGGUGACCAGGACAGCCUGUCAAACCUCUCUCUCUCCCCCUCCAUUAACGCCUUAAUUCUCCUUCCAACCUCUCUGUAUUGGCCUUAAGUUACCCAAAGAAUCCUCCCUAUGAGACAGCUGAACUGAGCUCCCUCAAACACUGAACAUCUCUGCUCCUUUGCCUGCACUUGUUGCCUACCUUGAAACUGGCCUGCUCCUAUAGGGCGUAAGCACCAUCUCCCAACUAUUUCCACUCCUUACGAGCAGUAGCAGCAAGAGACAGAGCCUGGGAUCUCAGCCUGCUCCAUUGUUCACGCAUGACAGUCUGCACAGCACCCUACCAUCAUUGGUUUCCGUGGAAGUCAAGGUCCCUCAGCACCAUACAGGAAUGGCCCCAUAAGUGAACAACCGACCCCAUCAUUAGGGCCUUGUCUAAACAUGAAAAUUAGUCUGGAAUAAGGUAGGGUGUGACUUUAGAGCAGACCAGCUAUUCCUGAUUCACCUCCAUGGAUGGAUGCUCAUAUACCAGAAUAAGAGUGCUUUAUUCCAAAUCAGAUUAAUCCCUGGAUUAAACUAACUCAGGUGUUCUUAUCCUGGAAUAAGAGCAUCCACGCAUGGAGUUAGUCAGGAAAUAGUCAAUUCAGAGUAACUCCCUGUGUAGACAAACGGAUUAAUGGCUUCACAUCUCUCUGAUAACAGCCCUCUUAAAGAUCAGGGAUCUUUCUGUUUUGUUCCAGCAUGAGACAUUCAUUCAGCCUCUUCCCUUUAAUGUACUUGGGAACAAGUUUAUCCGUAGUUUCCUCCCAUUCCCAGCCUUACAACAUUUGAUUGGAGGGCCAGCAGCCCUGUAAGAGCCCAACUGAUAACUCUACUCCAGGGUUAGGGCAAGUGCCCUAAUGAAGGGGUGAGACUAGAGCAGCAAGCAAGGAACAUGAACCCUUCACAGGCACUCCACUGCUAAUAUUUUGAACCUUCUUUUUCCCUUAACAAAGCCAUAUAGUGAACUAUGCAGUUCUGCUCUUAUACUGUGGUUAAAUUUUGGAACUUGAUGGCCCUUAGAGAAAUAGUCCCACACCAUUCAUUAGAUUAUACACCCAACAGUGUCCAUUCUUCAGGAAUGGGGACCACUGCAGAGGGGGUGGGAAUUGCCCCAGGUCAUUCAAGAACAAUAGAGAUGAGUUCUAGAGUCUCAGGUGGCCCUGGGCCAAGUAGUAGUUGGGUAUGAUGCACAACAUGGCAUGUAGUCCCAUCAGUGAAUGGGAUAGCAAGGGGAGACCCCUGCUGGGGAAAAAAAUUAGGAUGAUAAUGUACCAACUAUGUGCCAGGUUCUGCUCAUCUGUAGUAACUUAUUGUCUAAGGCUAGGUCUACACUACCCGCCUGAAUCGGCGGGUAGAAAUCGACCUCUCCGGGAUCGAUUUAUCGCGUCCCGUCGGGACACGACAAUCAAUCCCCAAAUCAGGGCUCUUACUCCACCAGCGGAGGUGGGAGUAAGCGCCGCCGACAGAAAGCCGCAGAAGUCGAUUUUGCCACCGUCCUCACAGCAGGGUAAGUCAGCUGCGAUACGUCGAAUUCAGCUAUGCUAUUCACGUAGCUGAAUUUGCGUAUCUUAAAUCGACUCCCCCCUGUAGUGUAGAUGUACCCUAAGUAUAACCUCAGUAAGAAUACAUGAGCAAUAGCAGACUUGGCAAGUUUCCUAUACCCGUAUCACUGCCUGCCUGCCUCUUUAUUGCCACUUGCUGAGUUUUCAGCUUAAUUUCUCAUUACCAUGUGAGAGAGUUUGGGCCCAAUUCUGCUCUGGGAGUGGUGCAGAGAUCUGCUCUGGAUUUGCACCUGCAACUCAGAGCAGAAUGUGGCCCGUAAAGAAAGCUCUCAAUGACUACAGAUGUUGAGAUCGCAACCAAGGCGUGGGCCUUGUCACAUCUACUUCGGUUCUGAUUUUAAAACGUCUGAUCAGGUUUAAACUUAUAUGCAUAUGACAGUAAAAACUUUGUGCCUACAGGUCUUUACAGAGGUAAUAGGCUUGUGCUUAUCACUUGGGGGGGAGGGGAUAUCAGUGAGGAUUGCACAGGUGUAGCAAAUUGCUACACAAAACCAAAAUAAACUUGAAAAAUGUAUUGUUCCCUUUAGCUAUAAAAGGGACAGACCCUUGUGUGUAGUCUGCCAUUCAUCUCAUUGGUAUGUAGACAAAGCAUCGACUGAAACAGUGUGUAAUGUGCUAGAAAAUCUGAAUGAAAAAUUGCAUUGACCAUUUAUUUUUUGAAGGGCCUGUGACACUCUUCCAGAACCAUGUGCUACAGAAGUCUGAUGCCACAGACAUGGUGUAGUUUAAAGAGGUGUACACAGUAACCCCAGUGUGUGCAACCAUUCUUGCAAAAACCAACACAAACAGUGAUUUUUGCAGUUCAUUUUCCUGCUGUAAAAAUGUGACCCUUUUUGCUCUAAGCCACACGAGAGAGAAAUCCCAGAAAGCCUUAGGAUUACCUUCAGCGUUCCCUUCACUUUAAUUUAUAGAGUGUCUUAUUUUCAUGUUUGGAUUUUUUGUUUUGGUUUUUUUUUUUUUUUUUUUUUUGUGAACUGGUGUAAAAUGUAUAUGCUGACAAGCUCAUGUAUUUUUAUGUAAAUAUUUUUGUGGUUUUCCCUGCCCUGCUCUGUAAAUACUUAGAUUCUCAUUUUCUUCCCACUUUGUAUGAUGCGGAUGUGGUUUUGUUUUCUGUUUUUAUUUGUACUGUAAUGCAAUGAUCCAGACUGAGGUGUCUUGUGGUAUUUAAAAAACAAAGUCAGCAGUCCCACUGAGCUCACAUUCAAAUGUACAACUCAACAGCAUUAAUCGAGCCUGGUUAAAGCCGCCUCCUUUGCAUUCGUGUGUGUUUGUGCCUCGGCCAGGUUAAUUAAUAAUAUACUGAAAAGAACUAGGCCAUGGAAAAACUCAUUUAGAGCCAUGAGGUUUUGGGGCCAGGUACCUCGAAAGACGAGAGAGGUGCUGAGUGCUGUAUUUAUGUGCCAAGCCUAUUGCAAAUUGCUGCCUGUCAGUCUGUCCCAGCGCUUAUCUGUUCAGUUACACCUGUGGCAUAACUGUUCUGAAAAGAAAAAAUAAACCAACCUUGGCUUUCCUAGUCUCCUUUUCUUCUCAUCCAGAAUCACUAGGCAAGGAGCAAUGCUGGAGGAAUAGCACAAAAGGCAGGUGGCAGUUUGCUAACAACAGUGGGAUUCCAAAGUUGGGUUUGGCCAUUAAAACAGGUGUGUGUGUGUGUGGGGGGGGGGGGACACAAGUGAACUCUUGUGGGCAGGAACUGUCUUUUUGUUCUGUGUUUGUACAGGAACUAGCUGUACCCUAUGACUAGGGAUUCGGAGUACUACUGUAUUUACAGGUAUUAACAAAAUGCAUUAAACAGCAUCAGAUUUUU